AUGAGUACAAUACAAGAUACGGCACCGGAAACUUUUCAACAGUUUCCUUCGAACCGGAUUAUUGUAAUUCAUCCGGGGUCCUUUUACGUUCGUAUAGGGAGAGCGUCGGAUCUUCUGCCGGUGAGACAAUUACACUGCAUUGCUAGAAAACGUCGGCCAGGUGGUAAAAUAUAUCGCGACUCUUUCGUGCCGCCUAGUGUUCCUAAAACUAAAGAUCUCAUUGAAGAAUUGGAAGAAUGUCGCUUGCAAAUAUCGCACACGCUUCAAUCCUGUAUGCAGUCAAACGGAGCUAGGAGAUACGCGACACCCCCUCAGCAAAUUGCAGCUUUUAAUCGUCGCUCUUUGCCUGAAGCUGUAAGCGAUGGAGAACCGUGGCCCCAAGUUGAAUGUGAUAUUAUCAUUGGCGAUUUAGUUUUGGAUGUAGACCCAGAGUUACCUUAUAACAUACACUUCCCAUACAAAAGAGGAGAUUUUAACAUACACUCCGAAGUAGGUGGUUCAAUAUCAUCAGUUCUUAAUGACCUAUACACAAUAUGGAAAUCUAUUAUUGAAUAUAAACUCGGCAUUUCGCUUGUGGAAUUAGUAAAAUAUAGGUGUGUCUUAUUAAUACCAGAUAUUUAUACUAGAAGUCACCUAAAGUACCUGAUGUCUUUGCUACUGAAAGAUUUAGGUUUUGGCCACUGUUUUCUUGUGCAAGAAAGUGUCGGUGCAACAUUUGGAGCUGGGAUAGGAUCAGCAUGUGUAGUAGAUAUUGGGGAUCAGAAAACAGCAAUAUCAUGUGUUGAAGAUGGGAUCUCUCAUAAAACAACACGCUUACGAAUGGACUAUGGUGCAGGAGAUGUGUGCCAAGCUUUGUCGUGGAUGUUUCACAAAAGUGCAUUUCCUUAUAAAAAUUGGAAUGAAAAUAUACCAAGGGAUGUUAUACUCAUGAGAAAUCUAUACCAAGAUUUUUGUCAUGUUAAUCUGGAUGUGUGUGGACCACAAGAAAAAACCUUUCUUGUGGAUCACCCUGGGGAUAUUGUAAAUAAAUACACUCUACAAGUUGGUGAUGAGUGCAUUAUAUCACCUUUAGCAUUAUUUUAUACCGAUCUGCUAAAAAUAACUGGAACGAAAACUACCAAAAUACAGAAUCGGCAAUCAAGCGACCCGGAAGAUCCAUUUGAUGCCGAAUAUUUACGUGAAACGGGACGUAAGAAGGAAGUAGCUGAUCCAACAGCAAAUGAACCGCAGUCAGAUGCCGCAAGUGAAGCACAGCCGUCAACUAACCCAGAAGAAGACAUUGUAGUUGACACAUUAGAAGGAGGACCUGGCGACAUAGUCACAUUGGCUCCCGGUCAAGUCUUGAGUUUGGAUGCGGCUAUAUUACAAAGCAUAGACCGCUGCCCCAGUGAAGAACUCAAGCGAAAGAUGUACAGCAGUAUUCUCAUCAUAGGAGGGGGUGUCAAAGUGCACGGGCUUAAUCUCUGGCUACAAAAUAGAUUAGCGUUACAAAUACCGUAUGCAUAUAAAACUGAGCAGCUAGAAAUUGUGACAUCUCCAAAAGAUAUAGAUCCAGCUAGUACUGUGUGGAAAGGAGCCGCUGUCAUGUCAUGUUUAGAGUCCGCAAUAGAGUUGUGGAUUAACCAGAACGAAUGGAACAAGUAUGGCUUAAAGAUAUUAAGAGAAAGAGCACCAUUUAUUUGGUGA